AUGGCGCCGUCACAUUCGUUGGCAGGUUCUUCGAAGUCUUCCUCAGUUCCUCUUAAAAGAGUUUCACAGAGCACAAGAAUCGAGGACGGGAGUUACUGGCUCGUCAAGGCGUACAGCGAAUUCUGGCCCGCUAUCGUCUGUGAUCGCGACAUGGUGCUAGAAAACUUCCGGAAGCAACGCCCUUCCCAGGAAGGGGCCACUUUCUAUCCCAUGCUUACCAUGGUGAAGCACGAAUUUGUUUGGGUUCCCCACAGAAAUCUCCGCGUGUUCGAGCCGAGUUAUCUUUUCGAGGCGCAGUUAGAUAAGAAGUCCCCAUCCUUAGCAAGAGCACAUCGAGCUACUAGUGCGGUUGACGGUCUCCCUCGAGAUCUGGAUUACUGGAAUAGCUACAUGCUUGCGGAGCGCCUACAGAAAGGAAGAGACCCAGUCACUCAGAGUGUCGCUUCACCAGCGCAAGCAUCGGCAACUCAAUCUCGACCUUUGAUUAUAAGCCAGGGAAAGCGCAAGUGUGUCGAUGUGGAGACGAACCCUCCGUCAGAAGUCAAGGAUAGCGAAGAGGCCGAAUUAGAUGAUGAACAACCACUACCAAAGAGGGUCCGUAGGGGCGAGGAAAUUCUAAUUGCUUCAUCCGAGAGCGACGUGGAAGACGAUGAUGAAGUCCUGUCACGGUCAUCAACCCCGGAGAUAGACACAUUGGCCGAGACGUUCGAGGGGCUUACACCAGCUACACCGGCAGCAACAGCGUCAACAAGCCAGUCAUGCGAUUUUCCUACAGGAGCCGGUGAUGCUCGUUCUCAGCCUACCCGCGAACAGACGCCGCACUUAGGAUCGUCGGAGCGUGCAGCAACGCAGGCCGAUAGUCCACUAUUCGAACCGGAUGGCGCCAUGGUGGCUUUUAUUAUUGGCAAGGACAGCACGCCGGUGCGCAUUCCGAAAAGCAGCGUUAUGAAGCCUGAACUUCUGCACUUGACAGAGUGUAUGACCUGGGAUGACGAACUCGGAUGGCACAUCACUAGACCGUUAUACUCGGCAUUCACCGUCGCGCGGUUCCAGGCCGUCGCAGAUUUUCUCACUCACGGCGACUUCAACCCAAAAUUGCUGGAUGACAGUGAUCACAGGGCACGCCUGGACGGCGUGGAGAGCAUCGCUCAGAAGGCCGAUGCGCUCCUAGACUGUGGCCGUGCAUUCAAUGUCGCACGGGAAGUCCAGCUCCCAGAGAUGAUGGAACUGGUCGUCCACAAGGUCUGCGUCCUUCGCCCGUGGCCAGCCGCUGAGGUCCUCAUGGUCACGAAUUUUGUGUUCCACGAGCCACCGACUGGUCUGGAUGCCGACGACGAUUUGCGCAAGCUGUUAUGCAACCACAUCGCUGAGAACUUCUGGGAAAUCAACAGUACACAAACGACCAAUUUGAAGAUGAUACUGACGCGCUACCCGGAACUCGAGGAGAGUGUGUUCUCCGCUCGACUGGAGAAGUUACAUCUCUCUACACCUGACAGCGGGAUGGGCGAAGAGGAUUAG